AACGCCGGCAGGGCCACCCAAAAAAUCCAGACUUUUUUGUUUCUAUUCUAUUUUUCAUUCAAAUGGUAACUUCUUAACAAUUUGGUGCGUGAAGAGAAGUACAAUUAGGUUAGUAAUCAUUAGCCUUAGAUAGCAUGGACGAUGGAAACUGAUAACAGGGGAAAUUUCGUGUGGUCGCGGGAGUUAAUUUUUCGACUCAUUGACGAAUUAAAAGCAAACCCGUUGCUGUGGGACCAAGGACACGAGGACUUUAAGAAACGGAAGAAAAAAAGGGCCGUGUUGCAGCGGAUUGGAAACAAACUGCAGCUGCCGGAGAAAUUAGUUCGCUUUAAAAUAGAUGUGUUGAAAGCCACAUUCCAUAGAUAUCGACGACUUGUUGAAAACAGAAAAAGAGAUGGUACUCCAUACCCAAAAAUCGCCUGGUUUGCCUAUCAGCGACUUCUCUUUUUGACUACCUCUGGGUUAACGAAUGCUUGUGCCCCCUCCAAAGAGAAUGGGAUCGCUGUAAAGAGAGAGAUCCCAUCACCCUUCAUCGAUGAGGAGGAAUACACGACGACAGAGUCAUUUAUACCUCCGGCUAACUCCACAGUGCAGCAAAACGAUGCCAACUGGAUUCCACCGCCUAUUCCCCAAAGUUCAGUACCGGACAAUUCAGCAAUCAUUAUCGGAGGUUUGCUGAAAGUAAUUGAAGACAGUACGCGUGGCCGUCGAACGUGGCCUGAGGCUAUGGCAUCGUACGUGGCGGUAAUGUUGCAACAAGCUGGCGAACGUUCUCCCGCGGAAAUGCGUCUCUUCCAUCGCAAACUGAUAUGCCUGGUGGAAAGUUUCCAAGAUGGAACCUUAACUAAAGAGUAACCAGAACCGCAUCUGGCGUGGUUUGCCUGUUUUCCGUAACCACUUCGUGUUGGAUUAUGCGUAUAAGUAUCUUAAUAAGAUAAAGAUAAGAAAGACAACUGUAGAACAACUAAGCAACGAAUUAAAAUGAUCGAACAGGCAACGUUAAAGCCCAUGUUUUUGGCAAAACGCACUGGAA